GUGGUGGUUGGGCGGGUCUCGAGGAAGUACGUUGUGAAGAUAUUCAAGAAACCGGUCAAAUACGAGCGUUAUUAACUUUAUAAUUCACCCGCUGCGCACAAACUUUAUUUACGAAAGUGUACGUUAUUGUUUAAGGAACGGAGUACAGGAGACCGACCGCAAAUUUCAUCUCUUUUUUGCCCGUUGGUUUUUCCCCCUUGAAAAUUAUUUAUAUACCCCAGUGUAUGUUUCUACGGUGUGUGAAUAAUUUUUUUUCCAACUACUAUUUAUCGUAAUGGCAACCAUAAUCAGAGGCCUUCUCAAAGGCUACCAUUACAUGAACACCGAGAUAGCAGAUCCGAGGGUGCAGGAUUGGUUCCUGAUGGGAUCACCCUGGCCAGGACUCGCUCUGUUGACUUUCUACCUUUACUUCGUCCAAUCUCUCGGGCCGAGACUGAUGAAGGACAGGAAACCGUUUAACCUGGACAGGUUAAUGCAAAUUUACAAUAUCGUGCAAAUCAUACUCUCGGGGUAUCUCUUAUACAAGGCGCUCGUCCUCGCGUGGCUUUGGGACUACAGCCUCUACUGCGAACCCGUCGACUACUCCGACGAUCCGAAAGCGGUCGAGGUAUCAUUUUUACACCGCUGGCAAACCAGUCCAGACAAAAUAAUGCAAAUUUUAAGGGUGCCAAUGAAACAACGGACUCUCUUUACCUUACAGAUUGCGGGCACGGUCUGGAUAUAUUUCAUAGUGAAAGUGAUCGAUCUUUUGGACACGGUAUUCUUCGUCCUGAGAAAAAAAUCAAACCAGAUUUCAUUCCUCCACGUCUAUCAUCACACCGGUAUGGUGAUAGGAUCGUGGGCAGGUGUGAAAUAUCUGCCGGGAGGUCACGGAACGUUCUUGGGCUUGGUCAACUCGUUCGUCCACGUGGUGAUGUACGGCCACUACUUCGCGACCUCGAUGAAGAUAAGCAGACCCUGGUGGAAGAAAUACAUAACGCAGCUCCAGCUCAUCCAGUUCGUCCUGAUCCUCGUACAUUUCUCGCAACUCGCGUGGAUCGAGGAUUGCGGAUUCCCGAGAUGGCCCGCGCUGAUAUUCGUCCCCCAGAAUCUGUUCAUGAUCGUGUUGUUCGGUGACUUUUACUACAAAACGUACGUGAGGAAAUCAAAGGGGAAGGCGGUCGCUACGAACGGCGUGUCCAACGGGAUAGCCAAGGCAACUUCCAACGGAAAACCAGCAGCUCCGAAGACCGACUGAUCCCGUUCGCCACGAUUAUAAACUCACCUAUAUUUAAUGUCAUCCAGCUUCUCGCAGCAGCUGUUUCAGUACCAAACAUCAUCGAUCAAAUAAAUACAUCGCUCUCGACUUCAA